GAGUGCAAGGAGAAAAAGUUGAGGUCGUUCUCCUCCUACAAGACUAAGAAAGUAUUGAGUGAGGUGUUGUGCAAGUAUGGAAUCGAUAGCAGUGAAAUAACAAAAAUUUCGCUUUUUGAGCCAGAGCCUAUGGAAAUUGAUGAUGAAGACGAGGAGCUGAAGCAGUGUAUAACAGAGAUAAAUGCAGGAUGGGAAUUAUAG